AUGAUUUUGCUCAAAUAUCAUUUAAAUGAUACAUUUACAAUCAUUAGGCAAAAUAACCAAUCGCAUGAUUGUGUCAUUAGGUCCUGGUUUUGUAAUUCUUUCACGAUAAACAGCUACAUGGACAUAAUGGCCAUGGAUGGGAAAAAGAUUUCCUUAUAUUUCAAUGAGAAUUACUUGAGAAGAAAAACAGGGAAUAUCCCAGAAUUCAGAAGUGCACAUCUCAUCGCAAGGGAGGUUCAUCUUUUCAUAGAAAUUAAAAUAUCAAAGAAUUCUGGGUUAUUUCUUCUUAUGAAAUCAGAUUGAAAUCCAGGUGUACAAAGGAAGUCAACCAUAAUGCUUUUGGUUGAGAAAUGUAAUUUUUGUAUCAAGUCUUAUGUAUUAUACCAGUCCAAUUCACAGUAGAAAAAUAGUAUGAAAAAUACUUGGCUUGUCUGUGCAUUAUACUGUAAUAAUCUACGCAAUUUGAUUUAUUACAACCCCAUCUAAUUGAAGGCCCAUGGUAUAUAUUAUAAUCCCAUCGAACGAAGUUUGAAGGGAUAUACUGAUAACGCCUCUGUCAGUCUGUUGUCCAGGUAAUAACUCAAAUAUCAAUUGCCCAAAAUUGAUUAUAUUUUAUACUCCAUACUUCAUGUGAGAACAAGCUCUUAUAUUAAAAAUGGCUGUCGGUUUCAAAAUCUUAUGUGUGAAUACUUAUUACACUUGUUUAUAUUUGCGCUGUUACUAUAAAUGAAGUAGAGCGAUUUUGUUGAUAUUUCAUAUGUGAAUACUUAGAAUAUGACACUAUGACAAUAUGACACUAAUGACAAUUUGGCUAAUAGGUGGCCAUUAUUUCAAACAUCCAUUAUUAUGAAUGUUU